UCGAAAUGCUUGAAUUCAAGACGAUAAAGAAGAAAAUGUGGAUGCUUUCCCAUUAAUUUUGCUCCCCAAGUCUUAUUGCGUUCCUUUGGUGCGUAAUGGAAGGUAUGAGAAGAAGCACAAUAUGGGGACUUAGUGGAGGUAAAGAAGAGGAGCUCCGUCGUCGAAGGUUGUUCUUUUGGCCUACUCCAACAAAUCGCCCACCGGGUUCGGUGUUGUUCUCGUUUGGUUUUCUUGGCUCUGGUUGAGCUAGAAAAAUGGAUUCGUUCUCCUGGAACUCAUGCGAUGCUUAUGCGACCGAUUGUCCGAGAUUGUUCGAUAGGUUCUCACAGUCACAGAACACUGAUUUGCGAACCUUGAUUGGUGGAGGUGGGUCGUCUUCGUUGGUUUUGGACAGUGAGAAAGGAGAGCUUGUAAAGGCUCCAGCUAGAUUAGGACAGAAGACUAUACCUGAAACAAAGGCUAUUGCGGCUUUGAAGAGCCACAGCGAAGCAGAAAGAAGGCGUAGAGAGAGGAUUAAUGCUCAUCUCGCUACGCUCCGGAAGCUUGUUCCCUGUACAGAGAAGAUGGACAAGGCUGCAUUGCUUGCAGAAGUAAUCAGUAAUGUUAAGGAGCUGAAGCGAAAUGCCAUUGAAGCUAGUAAGGGUUUUAUCAUCCCAAUGGACGUCAAUGAGGUGAGAGUUGAACCUCAUGAAGAUGGAUCAUCAGGAGGCCCUUUUUCUAUCAGGGCAACUCUAUGUUGUGAUCAUCGUCCGAAGCUGUUCUCUGAUCUGAGACAGGCACUUGAGGCUCUCCAUCUGAAGACUAUGAGGGCGGAGAUCUCGACCUUGGGAAGCAGAGUGAAGAAUGUCUUUGUAAUGACUAGCCGAAUAGAAGGGAGUGCUGACAAUACUGAAGUGCGGCACUUCCUUGCAAGUUCUGUUCGGCAGGCCCUGAGGAAUGUCCUUGACAGGGCUUCUGCUGCCUCACCAGAAUUCUCACCAGGUAUUACGCUUCCAAACAAGAGGCGGAGGCUUUCACUUGAUGAUUCUUUAACCUCAUGUUCAUGAGAGCUGAGCUCUUAGUAAGAAUUGUAGUCCU